AUGACAGACAAGGUUAGCUGGGCAAUCAAGACUUUGAUAGGGGAGCAUAGAAGUUGUGGUAGGCUGGAGAUAAACCCAAGACUCUGUAUGGAAAGGUUUAGGAUUCAAGUCAAGAAAAGGUUGUUGUUCAAGGUUAAGGCAAUGUGCAAGGAGAUCAUUCAUGGUGGUUUUGGAGAGGCAUACUCACUGUUGCCUAGGUAUGUUGAAAUGGUGAAAGAGACUAACCCAGGUAGUUAUGCUCUUGUGACAUGGGGUGAACCUAUUGCAAAUGAGCCUUCAAGAUUCAAGGCUUGUUUUUUUUCUUUUGCUGCCCAAGUUAGGGGAUUCUUGAGAGGUUGUAGACCUAUUAUUGGCAUUGAUGGAGCCCACCUAAGUGGACAUUUCAAGGGAAUCUUGUUAACUGCCAUUGGGAUUGAUAGGAACAAUGAGAUUUUUCUCAUUUCCUAUGGAGUGGUUGGUUCUGAGAGUAUUGACAGCUGGGGUUAUUUUCUAAGGACUUUGAAAUGCCUUUUUGAGAAGGAAGGGUGCAGGAGAGAUGUCUCAGCCAUUAAACUAUUUUCUUUGCAGGGUGUUGACACAACAAUUUAUGAAACAUUUCCCAGAGCAACUAGAAGAGUAUAUUGCCAACACUUGUACAUGAAAUGCAAGACCAAUGGAUUCAGUGGUUCAGCCUUUCAUAAGCUUUUCUGGAUAGCAGCUGAUGCAUAA